GUCGUGCAGACCGGCCAAAUCUACGGCCAAGCACAAAAGUGAAACAGACAAUGGUGGCCAAAGCUCUCCUCGACACUUACUACGCGACCCACCACAAGAACAAGGCCCUGGAGAAGCCCGAUCCAACGGACAUGAGUGCCUAUGCCUACCCCGGCCUCUACUACACGAUUCACCGCGAGAACAGGUCCUUGGAGGUACCCAAGUCGAUGUACAUGAUGGCCCAAGCUCCCCUGGACCCCUGCUACACGACCCACCAAGAGAAUACGGCCACAGAGAAAAACCAGGUGACGGACAUGAUGGCACAAACUCGCCUCGAACCCUACUACACGACCCACCACGAGAACAAGGCCCCAGCGGCGCCCGAGUUGACGUACAUGAUGGAUUAUGCCCACCACGACCCCUACUACACGAUCCACCGCAAGAACGAGGCCCCGGAGGCAUCCGAGUCGAUGUGCAUGGUGGCCCAAGCUCCCCUGGACCCCUACUACACGAUUCACCGCGGGAAUGCGGCCAUAGCAAAGAAUCAGGUGACGGACAUGAUGGCAAAAGCUCGCCUCGACCUCUACUACACGACCCACCACGAGAACAAGGGCUCAGCAGCUCCCGAGUCGACGUACAGGAUGGCACAUGCCCACCACGACUCCUACUACACGACCCGCCGCGAGAACAAGGCGUUGCAGUGCAACCACAGGUCCUACAUCCCGGAGCAGAACUAUGUCAGGAAGAACCACUCAACCUAUCUUCUGAGCUACAUGCGGAACAUGACCACUGUAGAGCACCCCCACCUCCUUUACCAGACGGACGGGAAGUACAACAAGCUUGUGGACAGAUUGAACGAAUUAGCCGAGUGGCUAGUGGCAAGAUGGGAAAUCGGCCACCAAGUCAGCGACAUGGUGGACUGCACCUACACCGCUUUCAGCCACCUCCACCUCGACCCUGAGCACCUUCAAAGAGCUAGGCGGCUCUUCCGGCACAUAUGCUGCGGGGUACCUGGCAGCCCCACGGUACGACAGGUGUCCGCCCUCCCACGAGAACAGGAACAAUGGCGCCACAACAUUACCAAGGCGAUCAUCCAGUGGAUCUACAUGGAGGACGACACCGACAACGAGUACAUGAGCCUCAUGGGGAAGAAGAUACUCACCCGCCACGAGAAGCUGCUGCCAAUGAAGCCAGAUCCAAACCGGCCACCGCCGAAGCCGUCGUGGGGAAAGCCGCCAUGGAGGCUGGCAUCAACGUCUUCGGCACGAUCCUCCGCCGACGCACAAGCCCCACAUGAUGGAUUAAGCGACAACGUGACGGAGGAGGUUGUAUGCGAACGUGCAAUACCCGAAGCUACCUCCUCGGCGCGCUCCUCUACCGACACACAAGCCCCGCAAGAUGGUACAUGCGACAAUGCCACCGAGGAGCUCCGGUGCAACAACACGCCCAGUGGAGCACUUGACACCGCCAACGCGGAACAGAUAUGGCUCAACCUCCUCGAGUUCGAUCAAGAACUACGUGAACCAGUGUGGGACGCCGACGGAAACCCCAGUAUACUUCCCAAGGACUUGUUGGACAAUGUCGCAGUGACGCUGAGCACCUACGCACCAGAUGAUGUCGACAUGAUGUCCGAUGCGCUGGGCACCCUCUUCGACCAGAUGUACGGGGAGCUACAGGAUAUUGUGGCCAGACGACAAUUUUCGAUAAUGGAUGACAAUGCAGCGAAUGCGGAAUCCGACGGCGAGGAGGUGCACAACGAUGACAACACAGCCAAUGAAGGAGCCCGGCGCACAACGGAUGAUCCAGUUGAUGCGGAAGCGGCCAACCCGGCGGCAGAGGAUGAGGACGAGACUGCCCUCAUGCAA